UGCUAGCCUGUCUCCCGCCUGCCCGCGGCCUGGGCCGGGCGGAUUUUUGCGCAGUCGGCGCGGCGGUGGGAGGUUUGCCCUCAGCGUCCUGCCCCGCCGCCAGCGAGGACCCAGACACUGUGACUGAUGAGAGUUAAAGGCCAUGGAUGAAGAUGGGCUUGAAUUGCAGCCACAUGAGCCAAAUGCAUUUUUUGAUCCAACAGGAGCUGAUGCCACACAUAUGGAUGGAGAUCAGAUUGUUGUGGAAGUACAGGAAACAGUAUUUGUUUCAGAUGUAGUCGACUCAGAUAUAACUGUGCAUAACUUUGUUCCUGACGAUCCAGAUUCCGUAGUAAUCCAAGAUGUCAUUGAGGAUGUUGUUAUUGAGGAUGUUCAGUGCCCAGAUAUUAUGGAGGAGCCAGACGUAUCUGAAACUGUCAUUAUUCCUGAACAAGUGCUGGACACAGACGUGGCUGAAGAGGUUUCUUUGGCUCAUUGCACUGUCCCAGAUGAUGUUUUGGCUUCAGACAUAACAGCAGAAGCAAUGUCUAUACCAGAACAUGUACUGACGAGCGAGUCAAUGCAUGUACCUGAAGUUGGACAUGUAGAACAUGUAGUUCACGAUAAUGUUGAAGAAGCAGAUAUUGUCACUGAUACUCUGGGAACAGAUGUUGUUUCUGAAGAAGUCUUGGUGGCAGACUGCGCAUCAGAAGCAGUGAUCGACGCCAAUGGGAUCCCUGUGGAACAUCAAGAUGAGAAGGGCAACUGUGAAGAUUACCUGAUGAUAUCUCUGGAUGAUGCUGGUAAGAUAGAACAUGAAGGUUCUGCUGAAAUUACCAUGGAAGCAGAGUCAGAAAGUGGAUCUUGUAAAGUGGAUGGCAUUUGUCCAGAAGUCAUCAAGGUCUAUAUAUUCAAAGCAGACCCUGGAGAAGAUGAUUUAGGGGGCACAGUAGACGUUGUGGAAAGCGAGCCAGAAAAUGAUCAUGCAGUUGGCUUACUUGAUCAAAAUAGCAGUAUUCGUAUUCCAAGGGAGAAAAUGGUUUACAUGACCGUAAAUGAUUCUCAGCACGAAGACGAAGAUUUAAAUGUUGCAGAAAUAGCCGAUGAGGUUUAUAUGGAAGUGAUAGUAGGAGAGGAAGAUGCAGCAGUCGCCCAUGAACAGCAAAUUGAUGACAAUGAGAUUAAAACUUUCAUGCCAAUAGCAUGGGCAGCAGCUUAUGGUAAGUAAUAUUCAAAGAACUCUUCCUGGUGACACUACGAGAAAAUACUGGGUUGGUUUUUGGAAGGCAGUGGACUGUCUGUGCUUUUGUGCUUGUUUUAGUCUAAGAAUCGCUUCUGAGCGUAAUGAGGCUUAAAAUUAAAAAGAGAAGAAGAGAGAAGCUGUGAAACAGGCUUCUUUCUGUUCCUGUUUUAUCAGACCUUUUCCUUCAUGUUGUCAUGAUGUGGAAGGGGAAGUGCACAACCUUUCAGUUGAAAAAUUGCAUCUCAAGUACACUUGUCUUUCACAGUUUUAGUAUACAUUGAUUGGGAAUAGGACUCUGAGUAUUUUUAUUUGGGAAAGAAGAAAGCAGACGGGAAUAUGUAGGAUUCAGUGUAACCGUGAAGAGCAUUCCUGGCCUCUAGCUUGGUUUAAGUGUUUUCUGGAAGGAACAUAUGAAUAUGUGAUUUCACAAAUGGAAAUGACUAAUUAACAAAAAGGAUGCUGGAGGGGCGCAUCUUAAAAUUAUAACAGAACCUUGAGAAUAUUUAUUGAUCAUUAGUAUCUGAGCACCAGCUGGUGCUUAAACUGAUUUCCAAAACUUACAUAGGCUAUUAGAGCAAAAUCUCAUCUUAGGAAUUUUUCUUUAUUGCUCUCAUCCUCCUCCUGAACGUACUUUGAGUAAACAAAGCAGAAGAAAUAGUGGAGUUGAGGACAAAACUUAGGUUAUGUGUCUGCAUGAUGUGAAUUUUGGUGAUGGUGUCAGUAAACUACUGACAGGGAAGCGCUGAGAAUGCAACACAGGGCUGGAGUCAUGGAUGUGUAAGUCAAGUGAGGGCAAGAUUUCGGGGAGCAGUGUGUGGUGAAAAGUGCUUAAGAAGUGGAUGGUAAUGCACUCAGAGCCUUACCUUUGGCUGAAUGUUGUUGAGCAUAGUGCAGAGGAAAGGACGGAAGUCUGGCUGAUUGGGAAUUCAAAAUGAAAUGAAGUGAACUCGAAAACAGUUGUAGAAAGAACGUUCAGUGAUUGUGGAGGAGGAUAAAAUUGAGCAGAGGGCUAAGAAUGCAGAGAUAGAAUUUAAAGUGGAGUUAAGAACAUAGGAAACAGUAGAGCGAUCGUGUCAUCAGCAGCAAGCAACCUAACGUGCAACUUGAGAGGUGGUGGGGAAGGGAAGAAAUAAUGAAGCAGAAGGCAUGAGAAUGGCUGAGGUCUGUCAUUUGCACUUCACAGAACUCUUCUCCACUUCAAGAGGUAUUAAAAGUUGACGACAAAUGGGAUCUUAGAGUGGCAAACCUGUUUCAUUGCUGUAUCAUAGCUAAGCCCCAUUCUUCUAUGUAUUCUAUUCCAAAAACUCUACACUUUUAUUCUAGUAUUAGAAAAUGUUUAAGGCUUUCUUUUUUUGUGUGUCACCAUCUAGAAGGACUCUUCAUUCACCUAUUGCAAAUUGUACUAUCUGUGUGUAAGGUGUGAAACUUGUUCAUUUUCAACGUUUACAUCACUUGCCGUGUUUGCUGUUCACCACUUGGGCUAGCAGAUAGAUCAGAAUCUUCAGGCUCUGCCCAGGGCUGUUACUGGUUCUGAUUCUUUUUGCAUUCAAGCAUGAAUGCUCAUUCACAGCACUCUACAAAGAGAACAGCUAUUGAGCAUCUUAUGCUGUCUCCCUCUUUAGUCUUUCACGUGCUAUUCUUUUAAACACAAAGCUCUGUGAGGCAAAGGUUGUUUUCUCUGUGUUACACAUGCUCUCUGUUUCCAGUAGGAAUAGUUUGUGUUAAAAUAGAGGUGUGCAAAGAGUGUGUACUGUACUUUGCGUGUGAGUUCAUGGGCUGUUCAGAACAAUUGGCUGAUCACAGUUCUUGUUUUGAAACUUAGUUUGGGAACUUCAGUGAGGUGAAUUCAGAUGCCCAGAAGUGAAUGAGAGCAAAUGUGGAUGUAUUUCAGGGCUGCUGAAGACCAUCAGGCGCAGUAAACAUUGUGACCUGUUUUUGUUUACUUUUAUUAAACAUCUGGGGUAUAAUUAGUAGCCAAGGAAAUGCAAAAAAAAAAGUGCACUUAAACUCUUUGUGAAAUGCAAAGCCAUUUACUCCUGUAAAUUGUGUACUCCUGUAAAAUUAGUUUUAUGGAGCCAGGGCUUUCAGGUUGAUAUCAUAAUGCCAAGAAUAGUUCAUCAGUUACAUACAGAGCGGUUUUUUAACUCAUCCUGUAUGUUAGAAUGCUUUCAUUAAAUGUCAAAACAAUAGCUUAUCUU